AGGUUGAUUCGGGUAAGAACGCGUUCUCAGGGUCGCUUGCAAGCUGAAAUACGAUUUCCAGUCUAUACAAAGUCACCAGACCAUUUCUCCCCCGUUGGAAACCCUCACAUUCCUCUACCAGGCGCUUGCUCCGCUGAGUUCAGACCGACUGUUCUUUAGGAGGUAACUCCGACCGCCGUCAGAUCGAGAUCUAUGUGCGAACGGCGGCGUCGGAUCCUUCUUAUCCUGAUUUGCCUGCCUCUGUUCUCUUCUAACCCUAUCUUGUUUUAGCUUCGUCAUUCCGUCGUCCUGUAUUAUACCCUCGCCAAAUUAGAGACGAAAGAUCAGAAUCGAUUCAUAUGCGUCCUCUCGCUUUACUGGUUCGGAUGCUUGAAGUAUGUCGGUAUUCGAAUUAAAAAAAAAAUUAUAGCUUUAUCGGUUAUUUCUAGUCUCUAGGGUGAUCAUAGAGCUUCGGUGCUUAGUGGGGAAAGAUGGUGAGAUUCCAUGUUGGAGGCAAGGUAGUUGAAGCGGUUGAUCUGAUGAAGAGGCGGCAUACUGCUUGGCGCCUGGACGUGUUACCCUUUGUUUUUCUUUAUAGCAUAUGGCUCUUUUUGGCGGUUCCCAGCCUCGAAUUUACUGAUGCUCUGAUCAUUCUUGGUGGCCUUGCUGGGUUUCACAUCCUGGUGCUGCUUUUCACUGCGUGGUCAGUUGAUUUCAAAUGCUUCGUCCGGUUCAGUAAGGUCAGUGAGAUUCGCUCUGCAGAUGCAUGCAAAGUUAUUCCUGCUAAGUUUUCUGGUGCUAAAGAAAUUGUUCCACUUCACUUCCAAAAACCUGUUGUGGGGCCAUCAUCUAGUAAUGUUGAUGAGAUAUACUUUGAUUUUAGAAAGCAACGUUUUAUUUUCUCUGAUCAGAAGGAAACCUUCUGCAAGCUCCCUUAUCCAACAAAGGAAUCGUUUGGUUAUUAUCUUAAGAGCACUGGACACGGGACAGAUGCUAAAGUUGCUGCUGCUGUUGAUAAAUGGGGGAGAAAUGUAUUUGAGUAUCCCCAGCCAACAUUUCAGAAGUUAAUGAAAGAGCAAUGCAUGGAGCCAUUCUUUGUGUUUCAAGUAUUUUGUGUGGGCCUCUGGUGUUUAGAUGAAUAUUGGUAUUACAGCUUGUUCACACUAUUUAUGCUUUUUCUUUUCGAGUCAACAAUGGUAAAGAGCCGAUUGAAAACCCUGACUGAACUUAGACGUGUAAGAGUUGAUGGUCAGACACUAAUGGUUUAUCGAUGUGGCAAGUGGGUGAAGCUAUCUGGGACAGACCUUCUUCCUGGAGAUGUUAUUUCAAUUGGGCGCUCCAAUCAAAACGGGGAUGAUAAGUCUGUACCAGCUGACAUGCUCUUAUUAGCUGGAAGUGCGAUAGUGAAUGAAGCCAUACUCACAGGCGAGUCUACUCCUCAGUGGAAGACAUCAAUUGCUGGCAGGGGUACAGAGGAGAGAUUGUCCAUUAGGCGAGAUAAAAAUCAUAUCCUGUUUGGUGGAACAAAGAUGUUGCAGCACACUCAAGAUAAGUCAUUUCAUCUGAAAACACCGGAUGGGGGAUGUGUGGCUGUUGUACUACGAACUGGUUUUGAAACAAGUCAAGGAAAAUUGAUGCGAACUAUCUUGUUUUCUACUGAAAGGGUGACUGCAAAUAGUCGGGAAAGUGGACUAUUCAUUUUAUUUUUAGUUUUCUUUGCCAUCAUUGCUGCUGGCUAUGUACUUAAGAAGGGAUUGGAGGACCCAACAAGGAGCAAAUACAAGCUUAUUUUAAGCUGCUCUUUGAUAAUCACUUCAGUGAUCCCCCCUGAGCUACCAAUGGAGCUUUCAAUAGCUGUAAAUACAUCUUUGAUUGCAUUAGCACGCCGUGGCAUUUUUUGCACAGAACCAUUCAGAAUACCAUUUGCUGGGAAGGUUGACAUAUGUUGCUUUGAUAAAACAGGAACUCUUACAUCAGAUGACAUGGAGUUUUGUGGAGUUGUUGCGUCAACAAGUAAUCCAGAUUUGGAGUCAGAUGUGACUAAAUUGCCUAGACGAACUGUUGAAGUACUUUCUGCAUGUCAUUCAUUGGUGUUUGUAGAUAAUAAACUGGUUGGUGAUCCUCUUGAGAAGGCAGCACUAAAAGGAAUAGACUGGAUUUACACAUCAGAUGAGAAGGCCAUGCCUAAAAAGUCAAAUGGUACUGGAGUGCAGAUAGUACACAGAUAUCAAUUUGCAUCUCAUUUAAAAAGAAUGGCUGUUGUAGUUCGAAUUCAGGAGGAAUUCUUUGCUUUUGUUAAGGGCGCACCAGAAACUAUCCAAGACCGGCUGAUUAAUUUACCAUCGCAAUAUGUGGAGACUUACAAGAAGUACACCCGUCAAGGAUCUCGGGUUCUGGCUCUUGCAUACAAGCCACUUCCUGAAAUGGCUGUUAGCGAAGCUCGAAGCUUGGACAGAGAUGUGGUGGAAAGUGGGCUGACCUUUACAGGGUUUGCAGUUUUUAACUGCCCGAUAAGGCCAGACUCUGCUUCAGUCCUUAAUGAACUCAAAGACUCUUCACAUGACUUGGCUAUGAUUACUGGUGACCAAGCUCUGACAGCUUGCCAUGUAGCUAGUCAAGUUCACAUCAUUUCAAAACCUGCUUUGAUUCUAGCACCAAAUGGUGAAAGUUUUAAAUGGGUUUCACCUGAUGAGACAGAUACAAUCUCAUUCAGCGACACUGAAGUGGAAGCUUUGUCAGAUUCCCAUGAUCUCUGCAUUGGUGGGGACUGCUUUGAAAUGCUACAACGCACUGGAUCUGUCCUCCAAGUCAUCCCUUAUGUUAAGGUAUUUGCACGGGUUGCUCCAGAGCAGAAAGAAUUAAUCUUAACCACUUUGAAAACAGUUGGGAGGAUGACGUUGAUGUGUGGAGAUGGAACAAAUGACGUUGGUGCUCUCAAGCAGGCCCAUGUUGGCAUUGCUCUAUUAAACGCUAUGCCUCCACCUCAAACAGGAGAUGCAACUUCACAAUCAUCCUCAGUAGAUGGCAAAACUGCAAAGCCGAAGAAGCCAAGGCCAUCAACAGAAUCUUCAAACCAACCAGUCCCUUCCAACCGCCACCUAUCACCAGCAGAGAAGCAGCGUCUGAAGCUCAAGAAGGUACUGGAUGAGAUGAACGAGGAGAGCGAUGGACGCAGCGCUCCAGUUGUCAAACUUGGAGAUGCUUCCAUGGCUUCCCCUUUCACAGCAAAACACGCUUCAGUUUCCCCUACUCUCGAUAUCAUUCGGCAAGGAAGAAGCACACUGGUAACCACCCUACAAAUGUUCAAGAUCUUAGGCCUCAAUUGCCUUGCGACUGCAUAUGUGUUGAGCGUAAUGUACUUGGAUGGUGUAAAGCUGGGAGACAUGCAAGCCACCAUUAGUGGCAUCUUCACUGCUGCCUUCUUCCUCUUCAUCUCCCAUGCCCGCCCUCUGCAAACGCUUUCCUCCGCCCGCCCCCACCCGAACAUCUUCUGCGCCUAUGUUUUUCUCUCUCUCCUCGGUCAGUUCGCCAUGCACCUCAUUUUCCUCAUUUCAGCCGUCAAUGAAGCUGCAAAACACAUGCCCGAGGAGUGCAUUGAGCCUGAUUCUGAAUUCCACCCAAAUAUUGUCAAUACUGUAUCGUACAUGGUGAAUUUGAUGAUUCAGGUUGCAACCUUCGCUGUGAACUACAUGGGCCGUCCUUUCAACCAGAGCAUAUCAGAAAACAGGCCCUUCCGGUACGCUUUGUUUGCCGCCAUGGCUUUCUUUGUCGUGAUCACCUCAGAUUUGUUCAGGGAUCUGAACGACUGGCUGAAGCUGGUUCCCCUUCCGGAAGGGAUGGGAAAGAAGUUGUUGCUGUGGGCUGCGAUGAUGUUUUUGGGAUGUUAUGGAUGGGAGAGGGUGCUGCGGUGGGCUUUUCCGGGCAAGAUGCCGGCGUGGAGGCAGAGGCAGAAGCAGGCCUGGGUUGCGGCAAGGGAGAAGAAGAUCACUUAGGGCAAUUCCUUGUCGGCGGUUGAAUUUGGCUAGAAAUUGUUCGCAUUAUUUAGAGGUGACUUGCCAUUUAUACAAGUAUUUACGCCAGCAAUUUUGAUGUUUGAGGUUUAAAACUGGCAAUUUUUAUUCUUGAAGUUGAAUUUUUGUU